AUGUCGGGCCGCCGCCAGGCCCUGCUGUGCAUCGCCCUUCUCGGAUUCUGGGCCCUCGGCUCCGGCUGCCUACACUGCAAGCACCGUGCUCGCAUCCUUCGAUACCAGCGCCAACGACCAGCCGGCGACGAUGAGCGGCCGGCGGUGCGGGUGUCGCGGCACGCCACCUCUGCGUCGACCCCGGAGGAGCGCCUGGAGAGUGUCGAAUCAGUGGUGUGCGACAGCACAUCGGGCUUCAGCUCCUUCCCAGCAGACACAGCAGCCCCUACCGAGUCAUUCCACGUGGUAGAUGUCGAGCUGCCGGAGACACACGCCGAGCUGCUGCGGCAAAAAGUAGACUUGGCCGCCCGCCUGCUCGUCCAAGUGGCAGCACACAACAGUGAACGUUUGCUGCUGCUGUUGCUGAACGAGACGCUGGCCUCGGACGAUCGGUUCUCGGCUUGCCGGGUUCUCUUGGCGGGCGCCAACGGCACCGCGUCGCGUCCAUGGGUCACCUACCUGGCGUCGCUGAGCCGAGGGGAGGCCGGUCGGCUCGCGGAGCACCGCAACUUUCAACUGCCCGCUCACGUGCCGUGGCUUCCAUCUGAGGACGAGGACGAGCCGGUGGCGGCAGAAACCACGGGCCGACCGCGCGUCGACGCCGCAACUUACCGCGGCCGCUGGUCCAACACCUACUACUCGUGCCAGUUGCGCCGUUGGCUCGUAUCCUAUACUGUGUUGGUGUUCACUGGAAACACGCCGCCGGCAUCCUCGUCCCCAUCGCCCUCGAGGAGUCCUGUGGCACUAUUGAGCGUGGAUUUGGACACGAGUGGUAUGGACAUAGACCAGUGCGACAGCGGAGCUCCAGCGAUGGCGCCUCGCGAAAGAGAUCCAGCAGCAGCAGCAGCGGUCGGUGCACUCCGCAUCACCGCUUUCCACGGCACACACCGCUGCCACAACCGAACCUCUCAGUGCCUGUUCGCACCAGGACACGGCUGGUCCCGGGGAUCCUAUGUGUGUCAGUGUCGCCGGGGUUUCUACGCGGCCACUGGAGAUCCAUUCUUCAACGGAUCUCUCGUAGAAAGCGCCUGGAGGGAGAAAGUUCUUUUUGGAAGGCCCACGUACGACAUGCUCUACGUCUGCAAACCUUGUCGCCCUGGCUGCAACGAAUGCGUUGACGACUCACCUUGCUUGUCACAUUACAAUUGGGCUUUCAGGAUUUCGCUUUUGACCAUAUCUGUGAUCUGCAUCGUACUGACGAUGGUACUGGCUGGCUACGUAUACCGAUACCGCAAGCUGAAGGUGAUCAAGGUGGCCAGCCCCGUCUUCCUCUGCAUCACUCUCAUUGGCUGCGCCAUUAUGUACUGUGAGAUGGCAGCUAUAUUUCCCGUGCUGGACGUCUACUGUUGUGUGGCUACCAAGUGGACUCGUCACAUGGGCUUCUGCAUCACCUACAGCACGCUCCUCUUGAAGACCUGGAGGGUGUCGCUGACGUACCGCGUCAAAUCAGCGCACAAGCUGAAGUUGACAGAUAAGCAGCUGUUGCAAUGGCUGUUCCCAAUACUGCUGGAGAUGGCGAUCUACCUUGGGACAUGGACCAUUUCUUCUCCGCCUGAUGGCAUCUAUCUUAAAGACUGGCAUGGGCUCAAGUUUAAGCAGUGCGAAUACAACUGGUGGGAUCACACCAUGGCCAUUGGGGAGUUCCUCUUCCUUUUGUGGGGCAUCAGGGUCUGCUACAACGUGCGCAACGCCGAGUCCUUUUUCAACGAGGCGAAGCACAUCAGCUGGGCAAUCUACAACAUUACCAUAGUCAACCUCAUCAUGAUGCUGAUUCACCUGGUGAUUCUGCCGAGCGCGAGCCCCGAUGUGAAGUACCUGUUCGGAUUUAUUCGAACGCAGCUGAGCACCACUGUUACUGUCAUCCUAAUCUUCGGACCAAAGUUCUAUCGUGUGAUCAAGGGACAAGGCGACAUGUGGGACAACAGGGCUCGUGCCAGGGGCGUCACCGCUUCUUUUUCGCUCAACGGGGUCGGGCUCAUGCACGAGGAGACUGUGGACCUCUAUCAAGAAAAUGAGGAGCUCAAGGAGGAGAUUCAAAAGCUAGCGGCCCAGAUCGAGUUCAUGAAGAUUGUUCACAUGGAGAUGAACAACCGCCAUUUGAAGCCUAAGCACGGGGGCUUCUUCAGCAGCAGCAGCCAGGGCAACUCUACCCAGAGUCCUGUGGUGAAGGCAAUGUGCAUCAAAUUCGACAACACCGACUCACCCGGCUCGCGCAUCUCGCCCGCCGCCGAGCUGGUCAGCGAACGAGUGUGAGCCGUUGACCUGUUCUUCCGCCGGACAUCUGAUGUUGUUUCAGUGCAGGUUGUGUCAUGUCUUGUGUACGGUGUGACUCUGUAGUGCUUAAUGCGAGCACCCCACUUUAGCUGCCUGUGUUCUUUGAUUGUGCUCGGGGACGCUCGGCACUUCAAGCCAGUAAUGUGCUUGACGCGUUCGCCAGGCUGGCUGAACGGGGAUGUCGCUGGCCGCCCUGGCUUUAUAAGCGAGUGCCUGGUGUCUUCAUUUUACCAAUCGUGCGAUGGGCACAACAUGUUUAUCGUGCACUGCAAUCACGAACAUUUACCUGAAUCCACAACAUGAUGCAGUUUUCUUCUGUUGUGCACCAUCGAGAGGGAAAGAAGGAAUGGAAUGCUUACGUAGACAGAUAUAAGUGCCCGUCCGAAGGCGGCUCUGUAGCCGGCGCCUUAAUCGCGUGCCAAAUCUACAUGGCUCUGCACUCGAGUAAAAGCGCGAGUGGAUAUGGCGCAGUGAGUAAACAGGUUGGGAAUGCAGAUGCCAAACAGCGGUCAGUUUUUUGCAAUAUAAUAUACAUGUGGCUUUUUGAUUUGCUUAAACGCUCCAACGGUUGUUCGAACAGCCUUGUGCUCGGUUCAACCAAGGGCCCAGACAUCGCUGUUCUUAAAAACACGCACCUGUGUAAAAGUUAGUAAGGACAGAGUGCUUCAUUUUGUUACUUAUUCUAAGGCAGCUUCAAACGACCACUGAGAAGACCGUUUUCGCGGUUUAUAACAUUGCAGUGACUACGGCUCACAUUCAAUUGUCUUAUUUAAAUAGAUUCAUCGUGGGACCGCUAUAUUUUUAAGGUGCAUUUCCAACAGGUGAACAUAACAGCUAGUAUACGGAGGUCAUAAGGGUGUAAAAGAGCCCUCGAGCCUCCUAGGAGCGCUGUGUUUUAUGCGAUGACUUAAGGGCACUAGCUAAAUCAGGACGUUUUAGGCUUUUGUGCAUGGCAUACAAAAGAUUUAUUUGGGACCUUCACUUGCAAUUGAUGCUUUAUGGACGUGCCAGCUAGAAACACUUCAAGUAUGCGCGCUGCUGAUCAUGUAAUGUCUCAAAUGGCAAACCCAUAUGGGGCAUUACUGCCUUCAAUAACCCUAUGUAUUUUUGUACGCUCAGUGUAAACGGCCACAUAGCGCAGGUUUUAUGCAAAGUAAGAUCCCUCACAACACUAAUUCCCAUCACCUCGCCAAUUGUAGCGAUAUAGAGUUUUAAGACAGGCCGAAGGAUCAUUCUCGAGAGCGGCUUCGAAAUAACAUAUUCGCGCCUGACGCGAACAACGGAAGGCUGGGAUUUUCUGAAGCAAGCCUCGAAAGGGAAGAAAGAAAAAAAAUAACGUGCCGUAGAAAACAGUCCCGUCAAAAGAUCUAGUCUGAUGAUACCGCAAGAUGCGAUGUCAUAUUUUUCGUGUUGUGUGUCACGCAACGUACCUAUACAUCCACAAGCAUAAUCACAGGAUGUAAAUCUUAUUCCACAAUUCCACUGCGGAAUUUGCAUCUGGAGUAUAGCUGUCUGGAAUUUUACUCCCUCUCUGUGCCACUGUGUAGUGUUCCUUAAAGAAAAAAUCCUAGGUAUGAAUGAGACGAGUGACCUUGUCGAUACCUUUUCUCGGAGCCCUAUCCCGAGUUAGAAGGUUGUCGUUGUGUGUUGGGUGAAAGAGUGUACUCUGUGUAGUUGUGUCUUGCUGUGCAUCGUCACUGCUUGUGUGAGGAUGGAAGCCAAUGUGAUGGAGACGUUGUGCGUGUUUCCGACGCGGCAAGCACAAGGCGUCCAGUGAAACUGACGUACCUAAACUGUAGUCUUUGUAGUUCAUUGAUGUUAUUCUCAAUACCGUGUGGUUUUUUGAAGCUAGCUUGUUAAUUGCAUAAUAAGCAUUAUCACUAUAUGCCCGCGAUGUAUUAAAUCUUGAGAAUAAAUUGCUCAAGAUGUUGUGAUUCGAAUCGACAAAAAAUAUUAGCCAUAUGGUAGAAAGAUAAACUUUAAAAUGAAGGUUUGAAAAAAUAAA